ACCCCCAACUUGUAUUCUAUAAAAAUAUCUCUAUCUUUGGGUUAACCAGCCAGUUUCCCCUCUCUCUUGCUCUGCUCUAAGAACCGGAGCAUGGCAAUGGCAUCCUUCACUUUCUCUCUCUCGUGCUUCCUUGUGCUUCUUUCUUUCUUUGUCUUUGCAGAUGCAGCGGGUAUAAUAGGAAUAAACUACGGACGAGUAGCCAAUGACUUGCCAACCCCGGACAAAGUGGUGGAGCUUCUGAAAUCACAGGGGAUCAACCGUAUCAAGCUCUAUGACACUGACUCAACCGUUUUGACAGCACUUGCCAAUUCAGGAAUUAGCGUCGUCGUAGCGCUGCCUAAUGAGCUCCUUGCCUCCACUGCCACCGAUCAAUCAUUUGCUGAUAAAUGGGUCCAAGCCAACAUCUCUCAGUAUUACCCCAAGACACAAAUUGAAGCCAUUGCCGUCGGCAAUGAAGUUUUUGUUGACCCCAAAAAUACCACCAAGUUCCUUGUACCCGCCAUGAAAAACGUUUACAAUUCACUUGUCAAGCUUAACCUUUCUUCAAUUAAAAUCUCGUCUCCUAUAGCUCUCAGUGCAUUGCAGAACUCGUACCCAUCAUCAGCCGGAUCGUUCAAACCCGAGUUGAUUGAGCCUGUGAUGAAACCCAUGUUGGAAUUUCUGCGUCAGUCCAAUUCAUAUCUCAUGAUCAAUGCAUACCCAUUUUUUGCAUACUCUGCCAACUCAAAGGAGAUUUCUUUGGACUACACCUUGUUCAAAGAAAAUCCAGGAGUGGUGGAUUCCGGAAAUGGUUUAAAGUACUACAGCCUUUUGGAGGCUCAACUCGACGCCGUUUUCGCUGCCAUGUCAGCUAUCCAGUAUAGCGACAUAAAGAUGGUGGUCACAGAAACCGGAUGGCCUUCACUGGGCGAUGAAAACGAGAUUGGUGCAAGCGAGGAAAAUGCGGCGUCGUAUAAUGGGAAUUUAGUGAAUAGAGUCUUGACCGGAAAUGGGACCCCUCUAAGACCGCAGGACCCACUUAACGUUUACUUAUUUGCAUUGUUCAAUGAGAAUCAGAAACCGGGUCCCACAUCCGAGAGGAAUUACGGAUUAUUUUAUCCUAAUGAACAGAAAGUCUAUAAUAUACCACUCACACUGAAGGAGUUGGAGAACAGGCAAUCAACCCCAGUCAACGGGAACAAGAGUGAAGUUCCGGUGAAUGGCACCAGCGGCGAAGUGUCAAAGACGUCCGUCGGACAGACAUGGUGUGUAGCCAGCGGGAACGUUGGAACGGAUAAACUCCAAGAUGCAAUUGAUUACGCGUGUGGAGAGGGAGGAGCAGAUUGCCGUCCGAUCCAACCCGGCGCGACGUGUUAUAAUCCAAAUACGUUAGAGGCACACGCUUCGUAUGCGUUUAACAGUUAUUACCAGAAGAAGGCCCGUGGUGCUGGCACGUGUGAUUUUGGUGGUGCCGCAUAUGUGGUCACGCAACCUCCCAGAUUUGGAAACUGCGAGUUCCCUACCGGCUAUUGAGAUGAGGCAGCUAUUUGUUUGUUUUUACUGUUAGAAUAUAUUAGAAAGCAUUGGCUUUUGUAUUUAAUAUAAUAUUAUUAUAAACAUAGUAAUGAGUUUAUGGUGUAAUUUUAGUCUGUAGGUGAUUACUUGUAUUAAUGUUAAUAUAAUAUCCCCUUGAUGAA